UUCCUCCUCCCUCGCUGUCGACGGAAAUUAAAGAGCGGUCGAUCGCCACGCAGAACCCCAGGCCGGGCGGCGGGGACAUCGUGGAGAUGUCGUUGUCAGCCACCGCGGCGGGCGAGGCGCCGCCGCAGCACGAGCGCGUGAUACCGCACAGCGGCACGCUGAGCAAGAAGCCCAGGGCGCGGAACAGCGCGCGGUUCGUUGAGGUGGCGCCGGCGCCGUCCUCCGCCGCCAACGACGACGUGGAGAUCACCCUCGACGUGCGCGACGGCUCGGUGGCGAUGCUUAGCGUGGAACCCGCCCACGCGGGGUCCGCGGGCGACGACCCGAGCGUGACCCUGCUGCCGCGCCCGCUGGAGAAUAACCACCGCCGGUCCCCGUCCUACGGCCACUCCCUCAUCCGGAACGCGUCGUCGCGGAUCAUGCAGGCGUCGCAGGAGCUCCGCCGCCUCGGCUCCAGCAGCCGCCGCGGCGCCGCCGGGCCACGGACCGACCUCUCCAAGUCCGCCGCCGCGCACGCGCUCAAGGGGCUCAAGUUCAUCAGCAAGGCCCAGGGCACCGCCGGAUGGGAGGCCGUGGAGACGCGCUUCCACGUGCUCGCCGAGAGCGGACUCCUGCACCGCUCCAAGUUCGGCGAGUGCAUUGGGAUGAAUGAGGCGGCGUUCGCCGGCGAGCUGUUCGACGCGCUGUCGCGGCGCCGCAACAUCACGGGCGACAGCAUCAGCCAGGCGGAGAUGCUCUUGUUCUGGGACCAAAUCUCCGACACCAGCUUCGACGGCCGGCUGCAGACCUUCUUCGACAUGGUGGACAAGGACGCGGACGGCAGGAUCACCGAGGAGGAGAUCAUAGAGAUCAUCACGCUGAGCGCGUCGACGAACAAGCUGUCGAAGAUCACGGAGCAGCAGGCGGCGGAGUACGCCCUGCUGAUCAUGGAGGAGCUGGACCCGGGCAACCUGGGCUACAUCGACGUGCACAACCUGGAGACGCUGCUUCUCCAGGCCCCCAGCAGCCAGUCGGUGAGCAUCGGCACGGGCGCCAAGGACAUGAGCCAGAUGCUGAGCCAGAGCCUCCGUCCGACGCCCGAGCCGAACCCUCUCCGGCGCUGGCACCGGCGCGCGCAGUACUUCCUGGAGGACAACUGGCGGCGCGUGUGGGUGGUGCUCCUGUGGCUGUGCGUCUGCGUGGGCCUCUUCGCGUGGAAGUUCGCCCAGUACCGGCGCCGGUACGUGUUCCAGGUGAUGGGGUACUGCGUGUGCGUGGCCAAGGGCGGCGCCGAGACGCUCAAGUUCAACAUGGCGCUGAUCCUGCUCCCGGUGUGCCGGAACACCAUCACCUGGGUCCGCAACCACACCGGCGUGGGCCGCGUGGUGCCCUUGGACGACAACAUCAGCUUCCACAUGGUGGUGGCCGCGGGCAUCACCGUCGGCGCCGGGCUCCACGUGGUGUCCCACCUGACGUGCGACUUCCCGCGGCUGCUCCGCGCCACGGACGCCGCGUACGCGCCCCUGGCGCAGUACUUCGGGGUGCCCCGCCCGCGCAACUACUGGUGGUUCGUGAAGGGCACGGAGGGGUGGACGGGGCUCGCCAUGCUCGUGCUCAUGGCCGUCGCCUUCACCCUGGCGAUGCCGUGGUUCCGCCGCGGGGAGCUCGCGCUGCCGGGCCCGCUCAAGCGGCUGACGGACCCGCUGAAGCGGCUGACGGACACGCUGAAGCGGCUGACUGCAGGCCCGCUGAAGCGGCUGACGGGUUUCAACGCGUUCUGGUACACGCACCACUGCUUCGUGGCGGUGUACGCGCUGCUGCUGGUGCACGGGCACUACCUGUACCUGACGCACAAGUGGUACAAGAAGUCGACGUGGAUGUACCUGGCCGCGCCCAUGGUGCUGUACGCGUGCGAGCGCCUCACGCGGGCGCUCCGCUCCAGGGUCCGCGCCGUCAAGAUCCUCAAGGUGGGACUGCACCAGGCCGGCAAGGACAAGGUGAUGUCGCUCCACUUCUCCAAGCCGCAGGGCUUCCGCUACAAGAGCGGCCAGUACAUCUUCGUCAACUGCGCCGCCGUCUCGCCGUUCGAAUGGCACCCGUUCUCCAUCACGUCGGCGCCACAGGAUGAGUACCUGAGCGUCCACAUCAAGAACAAGGGCGACUGGACCGGCAAGCUCCAGGAAGUCUUCUCGAGGGUGUGCCGGCCGCCGACGGAGGGCAAUAGCGGGCUGCUCCGCGACGACAGCGCCAACGCCAACCUGAGCUUCCCAGAGGUGAGGAUCGACGGCCCGUACGGCGCGCCAGCGCAGGACUACAAGCAGUACGAUGUCGUGCUUCUUGUCGGGCAGGGCAUUGGCGCCACGCCCAUGAUCUCCAUCAUCAAGGACAUCAUCAACAAUAUGAAGCAGCUGGACGUCGACCUAGAGGCCGGCGCGGGCUCGAGCUCGGGCUUGAGCACCGCCGGCGCCGACACGUCGCCGCCAUCGCCGUCCUUCCGCACACGACGGGCCUACUUCUACUGGGUGACCCCGGAGCAGGGCUCCUUCGAGUGGUUCCGCGACGUCAUGAACGAGGUGGCCGAGACCGACAAGAAGGGCGUGAUCGAGCUCCACAACCACUGCACCAGUGUGUACGGGGAAGGGGACGCCCGCUCCGCACUCAUCACCAUGAUCCAGUCGCUCAACCACGCCAAGCAUGGCGUCGACGUCGUGUCCGGCACCCGCGUCAAGACCCACUUCGCCAGGCCCAACUGGCACAACGUCUACGAGCGCAUCGCGCUCAACCACCAAAACCAGCGUGUUGGAGUGUUCUACUGCGGCGGUGCUCCAGAACCGCUAAAGACGCUGCGCAAACUUGCGCAGGAAUUCUCGCGGGAAACCAACUACGACACCAAGUUCGAGUUCCACAAGGAGAACUUCUAGCUUAUGCAGCCUUGAUCGAAAGGUUUUCGCAUGGCAAACAAUUCGGUACAUACCACAGUCGUCGAUGCAUGCUAUAGCGUAUAUAUAUGGAUGGGUAUAGAGGGGAGGGAGUAUAUACCAACGUAGGUAUUGCUUGACUGUGAAGGACCAGGAAGCCCGAAAUCCCAACAGUGUUCUUUGUUCAUUCAUUACUCUAGAAGAAUCAAUAGUUCAAAUGCCA